UAACAGAUCCUAAAUGUGUCCUGCUUACAGGUCCAAAAAAUGAGAUUUCCAGUAAAAAUUGCUUUACUUCUGUUAUGGAAUAUCUGUGCUGCACAAGAUUGUAAUGAGGCUCCUCCAAGAAAAGCUACAGAACUUCUAACUGGAACAUGGUCUGGGUCAGUAUACGCAGAAGGUACACGUGCUAUUUACAAAUGUCGACCUGGAUAUCGAACACUUGGGACUAUUGUACUAGAAUGUAAGAAUGGAGAAUGGAAGUCUCUCUACCCACAUAGAAUAUGUAUGAGAAAGCCUUGUGGUCAUCCUGGAGAUAUUCAGUUUGGUUCUUUUGAACUUUUGGAAGAAACUGAGUUUUUAUUUGGAGCAAAGGUUGUAUAUAAAUGUAAUGAAGGAUAUCAGUUGGUAAGCCCAUUUAAUUUCCGUGUAUGUGAGGCAGAUGGAUGGAGCAAUGAUGUCCCUUUCUGUGAAGUGAUUAAAUGUUCAGCAGUGACAGCACCAGAGAACGGAAGAAUUGUCACAAGUUCACUUGAUCUAGAUCAGGAAUUUACUUUUGGCCAAGUAAUACAGUUUAGUUGCAACCCAGGCUUUGCACUGAAGGGAGAAAGAAAAAUACACUGCUCAACAGAUGGUGAUUGGAGUGCACAAGAACCAACAUGUAUAGAAAUUAUAUGUCAAAGACCAAAUAUUCAGAAUGGGAACCUGUUAUCUAUACGGAAGCCAAGUUACAAGGAUAAUGAACGAAUACAAUACAAUUGUGAUCUAGGCUAUAUGCCCAGUGAACGAGGAGAUGCCAUUUGCACUGAAAGUGGUUGGACUCCAGAGAUAUCUUGUAGAGAGGUCACAUGUGAGCCUCCAAUUUUGACUAAUGGCAAUGUAAACAAUCUGAGAGAGAAAUAUAGAGGAAAUGAAGAAAUCUCCUACUCAUGCAAAACUGGCUUUUACCCACCCCUUACUGGGAAUAAGGCAACAUGUACAAGUGAAGGCUGGUCACCUCUUCCAAGAUGUAAUUGGAAACCUUGUGAAUAUCCAGAAAUAGAAAAUGGACACCUUUAUAAGCCAUAUUACCAGAGUGAGGAAUACUUUCGAAGAAGUUUUCCAGCAUCUAUUGGAAGAGAAUUAGACUACCACUGUGAUGAUCAUUUUGUACCUGCCCAUGGAACUAACUCAUAUCAUAGCUACUGGACAAGAUUUAUUUGUACUGAAGAAGGAUGGUCUCCAGUGCCAAAAUGCAUUAGGCAGUGUUCCAUUAGAUCAAUUCCAUAUGGCCAAUUUUUACCAAGAAAAGAAACUUUUAAAGAAGGCGAAGUGAUAACAGUUAAAUGUCAUCAAAGCUACAGUCUGCAAAAUAAUCAAAACAAAAUUACAUGCACCAGAAAAGGCUGGUCUAUUGAUCCAUAUUGUAAAAAGAUAAAAACGUGUACAGUAUUCAGAUUGAAUUUAAAGAAUGGAUUUUUUUCUGAUUCAAUACCACAUUACCCUGUCAAUAGAAAUGCAAGUUAUCAAUGUAAAGAAGGAUAUGGAACAAUAAAUGGAAAAAAAGAAGGAUUUAUCACCUGUGGACAAAAUGGAUGGUUGAGUCAACCAACAUGUAUGAAAAUUUGUGAUAUUCCAUCAUUUGUAAAUGCCAAACAAAAAGGGAAAAAGACAUUUCUUAAGCCUAAAGAAAAAUUAGAAUAUGAAUGCAUGGACGGAUAUGAAAUUGGAAGUGGGCAAACAAAAGGUUUCAAAAUAUGUCAGGAUGAUGAAUGGCCUACAGUGAUUGAAUGUUAUGAAAAAGCAUGUAGUCUCCCGAUUCUACAUGGAAUGGAACCUGAUCUCAAGAAAGCAAAAUAUAAAGUUGAUGAUGUAUUGACUUUUCGCUGUAACUCUGGAUUAAAAAUAGAAGGACCUUCAUCUGUGCAGUGUUACCAUUUUGGAUGGUCCCCCAGGCUUCCUACAUGUAAAAAGGAAGUAAACUGUUGUGUCCAGCCACCAGAAAUUUUGAAUGGCACAGCUAAGUACUCAAAGAAGGAAAAAUAUUGUCAUGGUGAUGAAGUAGAGUAUGAUUGUGAUCUUGGAUUUGUAAGGACAGGACCCAGGAAGAUAAAAUGCAAUGAUGGAGAAUGGACAACCUUACCCACUUGCAAUGAGGAAAAAAGAAGAUGUGCAGAAGUACCUGAACUUGUCCAUGGCUUUGUUCAUACUCCUAAUAUAUUAUAUUCCCAUGGGUCUUCAGUGGAAUAUGGCUGUGUGGAGAAUUUUAUAAUGAUUGGAAAAAAUACAAGUAUAUGUAUUCAUGGAAAUUGGACACAGCCACCUAUCUGCAUUGAACAAGACAGAUUUGGGAAAUGUAAAUCAAAAAAUUUUGAAGACUUUCAAGUCAACCUAACCAAUGCAUUUAAUGAUAUUGUCGUUAAUUACAAAUGUAACUGGAAUUCAGAAUUCAAAAGUACAAAAUGUAAAAAUGGAAGAUGGUCUCCUCCACCAAGUUGUCCAACAAUGAAAUCUUGUGCACCUCCACCACAAAUACCUAAUUCUCAGGAUAUGGAUAUAACAGUGAAUUAUGAGGAUGGUGAAAAAAUAGCUAUUAUUUGUAAAGAAAAUUACCUUCUUCAAGGACAAGAAGAGAUAAUAUGUAAAAAUGGACAUUGGAAUUCAUUACCCCGAUGCAUUGAAAAACAGCCAUGUUCUAAACCACCAGCUAUACAAUAUGGAUACAUUAAUCCAGUGAAUACAUCAGAAGAAGAUAAGGACAAUUUGGAGCCCAAUACCUAUGCACAUGAUACUAUAGUAAGCUAUCAGUGUCAACAGGGUUUCAUGAUAAUAGGAGAAGAGGAGAUAAAAUGCAAUAUGGGAAAAUGGAGCUCACCUCCUCAUUGUAUUGGAAUUCCAUGUAGAGAACCACCUCAAAUACAUAAUGGUAACCUUCCUAAAGUGUCAGAAAGAUAUGAAUUUGGAGAGGAAGUGACAUACACAUGUAAAGAAGGUUAUAACAUUGAUGGACUAGCAACUAUAACUUGUAAUGGUGGAACCUGGUCUAGUCCACCACAAUGUAAAGAUGUGAGAUGUUCAUACCCACCCAGAUUUACUAAUGCUGACAUGGUUGGUACUCAAAAAAGAUAUUAUAUGCCAGGAGAUAAAGUGGUUUAUCAGUGUCUAUCAAAUUUCCAGCCUGAAAGAUCAACUGAGGUAAUUUGUACAGGACCUAACUGGAAAGGGGAUCCUCAGUGCAAAGAUCACUCUUGUGAAUAUGCACCUCAUAUUGAAAAUGCUGAAAUUAUAACGAAUAUAAAGGAUCGAUAUGAGCCUGGUGAAGUAGUGAGUUAUAGGUGUACUGGAUCUCUUAAACUGUAUGGGAAAUCAGAUGUAACUUGCAACAAUAAGACCUGGACAGACCUUCCUGAAUGCAAAGAGGAAGUUGGAAAAUGUGGACCACCUCCACCUAUUAAUAAUGGAGACACCGCAACCUUCCCAUUAUCUGAAUAUGCACCAGAAUCAAGAGUGCAAUAUAUAUGUCAAAAAUUUUAUGUGCUACAGGGUUCCCAAUUUGUGACAUGCAAAAAUGGAAAAUGGACAGACCCACCAACGUGCCUUGAGGCAUGCACGGUAUCUGAAGAAAUAAUGAAGAGAAAUAAUAUACAACUAAGAUGGAAGAACACUGAAAAAAUCUAUUCAAGAACAGGACAAAAAACUGAAUUUUAUUGUAUUUGGGGAUACCGUAGGGCUGAGGGAUCACCUCCAUUCAGAGCAACAUGUGUGGAAGGAAAAAUCAAUUAUCCCAUAUGUGUAUAACAUAACCUUUCCAUAGUGGAAUUCAGCUACAGAAUAAGGAAGAAUGAUACUGUGAGCCAUCUCUUAUGACUAUUUGGAAAUGACAACCUUGAAAAAUGCUCAGUCUCAUGCUAUCCUAUUUGGCCACUUUCUGUUUGGUAAUAAAUGUUUCAGUUUAUGGAUAUUCACACAGUUGGUCCAUCAUUCAUUCAAUUUUCUUUUUACUUUAAAUGUUCACAUUUUAAACUGCACAAGCUAAAAUAUGAAAUAAUUAAUAAAACACAAAGAUGCAUCAAUAAAACCUUUAUUAUAAAAAAUUGA